AUGGGUGAAUCGAGCAAAUAUCACCGUAGGCUGAUUGUCCAAGAGAAUCGACAAGACCCGGCACGAACCGAGCCUCGGAGAGUGCAAGCGCUAGAAAGAAGAGGGCCGCGGGGACACGCAUCAGGCAGGGAGGGGCGAACGAAGGGGGUGCAUUUGGUGGCUUGGGAGGGAUUGCCAGUCUGGGCCAGUCUGGGGUUCGAGGCGCUGGAACGGAGAUCGAGAGGGAGAAGAGGUGGGGUGAGAGGACGGUGGAGGAGAAGGGGAAGGGGAAGGGGGAAUGGGGCAUCGGCGGGUGAUGUGGCGGAGACAUCUGUUAAUCAGGGGGGAAAAUGGGUCGAGGCUGAGGAUGCGGGUCUAGAAGACGACGACGGCGACGACGUUGCGGGCGCUAGGGGCAGUGGGACCAUCGGCGAAGAGGACGAUAGCGCUUUCGGGACCUGGAGGGCGAAUGCAAAAAGAAAGAGGGCAAGAAGCCGAAGAAAGAGAGAACGCCGCGAGCAAUUCCCAGAGCCGACACCUCGACUCGCAGGAUCCGUGUACGGGCACGUUGGAACGGGGAGAUGGCCUCGAAGUGGCCAAAAGGGGCCGGAAAAAUCGGCGGGUCUACGGGCAACGGUCGAGCGUGGGGCGGACAAAGUGUGCGGAUCCCGCGGGGCUAAAGGCAAGGGGGGUCUCCGUCUUCGCAAUUGGAAGUGUCGAGCAAGGGAGCAUGAUCAUGUGCGAGGAAGGAUUGCGCCAACCGCCAAAGGACGCAUCUCUAGAGGGUUCAUGCGGCGACCGGACAUUAUACAUGGAGCCGGGUGA